CUCAUGCGUCGACAUCAGCCGGGACGUUUGGGCUUCAAUUUCUACGUUUUAAACAUGGAUUUCUAUGAAAUCCACUGCUCGAUUUGAUAGUCACGUUUGGAUUUAUUGCUUGCAAUUGGAGUAUGAUUCACCGACAAGUUAUUUUAUCCCAGGAUUUGAUGUGCUUUGAGUUGACGACACAUAAUGCUGCUGAACCUGUGUAGUGUUAAGAACUUGUACCAGAACAGGUUCCUGGGCCUGGCCGCCAUGGCGUCGCCGUCGCGAUGUGCCCAGAGUCGGCGGCGCUGCAAGGAUGCUGGGGCACGUUACAGCUACAGCCCCGAGCAGUACCCCAACGGUGGGCCGCGGCAUGACCACGCCACCGCCCUGGCCCUGCAUCCCCGCUCCACCAGCGACGCUGACCUGGUCACCUCAGACAGCCGCUCCACGCUGACCGUCAGCACCUCCCACUACGCCAUCGGCCAGUCCCAGGACAUGCUCAUCUGCUGGGACAUCAAGGAGGAGGUGGAUGCCGGAGACUGGAUCGGCAUGUACCUCAUAGAUGAGGUCCUGUCUGAGAACUUUCUGGACUAUAAGAACCGAGGAGUGAACGGCUCCCACAAGGGCCAGAUAGUGUGGAAGAUUGAUACCUGCUCCUACUUUGCAGAUUCGGAGACUAAGAUCUGCUUCAAGUAUUACCAUGGUGUGAGCGGAGCACUGCGAGCCACCACACACAGUGUAACGGUGAAGAAUGCAUCUGCCCCUGUGCUGAAGCCAGUGGUCAGCCAGGAGGUCACACAGAGUCUUGGCAACAGAAGGCUCAUCAGUUUCUCUCUCUCAAAUGUCCAGGCGGUGGGGCUGAAGAAGGGCAUGUUCUUCAACCCUGACCCCUACCUGAAGAUCGCCAUCCAGCCCGGCAAGCACAGCCUCUACCCUGCGCUGCCCCACCACGGCCAGGAGAAACGCUCCCGCAUUGUCUGUAACACCAUUAACCCUGUCUGGCAGAGAGAGCGCUUCAGCUUUGUGUCUCUGCCUACGGAUGUGCUGGAGAUCGAGGUGAAGGACAAGUUUGCUAAGAGCCGGCCCAUCAUCAAACGUUUCCUAGGCAAGCUGUCCAUGCCGGUGCAGAGGCUACUGGAGAAACACGCCAUUGGGGACCGUGUGGUGAGCUACUCUCUUGGCCGCAGGCUGCCGACGGAUCAUGUUAGUGGACAGCUGCAGUUCAGAUUUGAGAUAAUGUCCUCAAUUCACCCAGAUGAUGAGGACAUCUCCCUCGUCAUGGAGUGCCCAGUGGUCCCUGACCCUGACCAGUUGGAGGUGGACCAGGAGGACCCAGUCGCCUCAGCAGAGAUCCCCGCCGACGACACAUUGAGCAUGGGGCCCGACACACCCGAGCUCCCACUGGAUGGAGCCCCAGACUCGGAGGACCCGGAGCCCUCCACCACUCUCGCUUACGUCUCCCUCACAGAGGAGGCCUAUCCUGGGGACGAGGUCAUUGAGGAGGAGGGUGUGGAGGAGCAGGUCACCCUGGUUGAGAUGGACGAGAGCACAGUUAGGGAUGUGCAGGUAUCUUCUUCAGAGCCACAGACUGGGAUAGAAGAGCAGGUUUCAGCUGAACAAGUGGUGGAGGAGGAGAUAGAGGAGGAGGAGGAGACUGGAGCACAGGAGGCUCAUGCCCUGUCUGAGGAGGUGGAGGAGGGGGAGGCCCAAGUGCAGCCUAACCCUGAGGGUGUGGAGAUGGAGUUGGACAGUGAGGAACCUACCACUGCUGUGGAGGAGCCGUUGGAAGGAGCCACGGGGCCUGUGCCGGCUGAGGAGGAAGUGGAGGUAGUGGAGGAGGAGGGCGAGCAGCUGGUGGUGGAAGCCGAACCGAGGAGGGUUGACUGUUGCUGCCCGGCCCGCGCCUCCCCUCCGAUGCGGAGCGCCCUGCGGCGCAAGAACAGGCCCUGCUCGCUGCCCGUCUCUGAGCUGGAGACGGUGAUCGCCUCGUCGUGUGGCGACCCCGAGACGCCGCGCACCCACUACAUCCGCAUCCACCACCUCCUCCACAGCCUGCCUUCAGCACGCCAACGGCAGGGCAGCGGGGAGGAGGAGGAAGAGGAGGGAGGGUCUUCUACUGAGGAGCCUACCAUCAAACCCACCUCCAAGGACGGGGAGGAGGGGGAAGGGGAGGAGGAGGAGGGAGACGUGUCCCAAUCCCUGGCGUCCCCCUCCCAGGUGCGUGAGUGCACAGCCCCCUGCUGUCGUAGUAGGACCCUCCCCCGCAGUCUGUCCAUUGAGCGCCUGUCAGAACUCAACCAGCUCCUGGAUGGAGGGGAGAGGGGAGGGAGGACGCUGCACCCACGCCUGGAGAACGAAGAGGCGGAAGGGGGCGGAGGCGGCCGGGGAGUGAGGGGGAGUGAGUGCGAAUUGUGCGACAACUCGUGCUACAGCACGUCUUGUUACAGCACCAGUUGUUACAGCACCUCCUGCUACAGUAACUCUGGCUACGAGGGGCGCAACCGCGUCUGCAGCCACACACGGCUGUCGUCGGUGGACAGCACACGCCUCUCAGAGAGCACUGUCUUCUCCUCACAGGACGAAGAGGAGGAAGAGGAGGAGAACAGCGCCUUUGAGUCGGUGCCUGACUCCAUCCAGAGCCCCGAGACCAGGGAGCCUGGCGGCGAUGGGACGACAGCAGAAUGGAGGGAGGAGACAGAGGAGGGGACGAGAGGGGGGAGCGGGGAGUCACCGGUGGCCGGGCCUAGCGAUAGGACAGCAGGAGGAGAUAGUUCCUUGCCAUGCAGUCAUCCUCCUUCAGUCAGCCAAGGUCCUGCUUUGCGACCUGACCCCCACCAUUACCCAACUGUUGAUGAACCGUUGCCUCCAAACUGGGAGGCGCGCAUCGACAGCCACGGACGUGUCUUCUACGUGGACCAUGUGAACCGCACCACCACCUGGCGGAGGCCCACGCACGCCGCCUCCAAGUGGAACGGCAUCCAGCGCUCCAGCUCCACCCAGCAGAUGGAACAGCUCAACAGGAGGUACCAGAACAUCCAGAGGACCAUGGCGACGGAGGAUGAGUGUGGCGGACGGCGGUUGGAGAGAAGUGGCAGCACGGAAACGGAAAUAGACUCUCCACCACAGGCCAUUGAGCCAAGGAGAGAGGGCCCCUCGUCCCCCGUUAGCAAUCAGAAGAUCACCCUGCUCCUCCAGUGCCCUGCCGUUAAGUUCGUCACCCACCCCGAGUUCUUCACGGUCCUACAUGCCAACUACGGUGCCUACCGGAUAUUCACCAACAGUACCUGUCUGAAGCACAUGAUCCUUAAGGUCCGGCGGGACGCACGCAACUUUGAGCGCUACCAGCACAACAGGGAUCUGGUGAUUUUCCUCAACAAGUUUGCCGACACACAACUAGAGCUGCCCCGAGGCUGGGAGAUCAAAACAGACCCACAGGGCAAGUCAUUUUUCGUGGACCACAACAGCCGGGCAACAACCUUCAUUGACCCCAGGAUCCCCUUACAGAACGGCCGUCUGCCCAACCACCUAACCCACAGGCAGCACCUGCAGAGACUACGCAGCUACAGUGCAGGAGAGGCAUCUGAUGUGUCCCGGAGUCGAGUAGCUUCCCUGAUUCACAGACCUGGGAACAGCCUGGUGGCCACCAUACGCAGCCAGUACCACCCCGACUCCACACUGUUAGCUUACAAUGACAAGAUAGUGGCGUUUCGCCAGCCAAACAUCUUUGAGAUGCUUCAAGAGCGCCAGCCGAGCCUGGCCAGGAACCAUGUACUAAGGGAGAAGAUCCACUACAUCAAGACGGAAGGUCACAGGGGGGUGGAGAAGCUGUCUUGUGAUGCUGACCUGGUCAUUCUGCUGAGUUUGUUUGAGGAGGAAAUCAUGUCCUAUGUUCCACCCCACUCCUUCCACCCGGGGUACAGCUUCUCGCCCCGUUGCUCACCCGGAUCCUCGCCACAAAACUCCCCAGGCUUACAGAGGGCCCGAGCCCCGGCUCCAUACCGCAGAGACUUUGAAGCCAAACUGCGCAACUUCUACAGGAAGCUGGAAGCUAAGGGCUAUGGCCAGGGGCCAGGGAAGAUCAAACUGAUCAUCAGAAGAGACCACCUGUUGGAGGGCACCUUCAAUCAGGUGAUGGCCUACUCCCGCAAGGAGCUGCAGAGGAACAAGCUCUACAUCACCUUCUUGGGAGAGGAGGGGCUGGACUACAGCGGCCCCUCCAGGGAGUUCUUCUUCCUGUUGUCCCAAGAGCUAUUCAACCCUUACUACGGCCUGUUUGAGUACUCAGCCAAUGACACCUACACCGUCCAGAUCAGCCCCAUGUCUGCCUUCGUUGAGAACCAUCUGGAAUGGUUCCGCUUCAGUGGGCGUAUUCUAGGCCUGGCCCUGAUCCACCAGUAUCUACUGGAUGCCUUCUUCACACGGCCCUUCUACAAGGCCCUCCCUCAGACUGUGACCACAGACCUGAGUGAUCUGGAGUAUCUGGAUGAGGAGUUCCAUCAGAGUCUCCAGUGGAUGAAGGAAAAUGACAUCACUGACAUCCUGGACCUCACCUUCACCGUCAAUGAGGAGGUCUUUGGCCAGGUGACGGAGCGGGAGCUGAAGUCGGGCGGCUCCAACCUUCAGGUGACGGAGAAGAACAAGAAGGAGUACAUUGAGCGCAUGGCCAAGUGGAGGGUGGAGCGUGGGGUGGUGCAGCAGACUGAGGCCCUGGUCCGAGGCUUCUAUGAGGUGGUAGACUCUCGUCUGGUGUCGGUGUUUGACGCCAGAGAGCUGGAGCUGGUCAUCGCAGGGACGGCUGAGAUCGACCUCAACGACUGGAGGACCAACACAGAGUACAGAGGAGGUUACCAUGACGGCCACAUAGUGAUGCGGUGGUUCUGGUGCGUGGAACGCUUCAACAACGAGCAAAGGCUGCGGCUGCUGCAGUUUGUGACAGGCACCUCCAGCUGCUCCAUACGAAGGCUUUCGCUUGCCCUACGGGGAAGCAACGGCCUACGACUCUGCAUCGAGAAGUGGGGCAAGGUCACCUCUCUACCAAG